CUUUUAAAUUUUCAAUUUAAUUUUUUAAGUCUAACUCAGUGUCAGAAAGUGUCAUUGCCGAGUAGAUAUUAACAUCUAAAUGUAAAUGACUAGUCCAUUGUCCCUCACUGAACGCAGUCACAUCCAUGUCUCUGUGCGACGACACCCUCCUGUGUAAUUUCCCAAAGUGCCGGACCAAGUUGAGUGGCUUUGCGUGGGUCACAGCCUGCUCACAUGUUUUCUGUGACCAACAUGGCUCUGGUGAGUUCAGUCGCUCUCCUGUCACCUGCCCUGCCUGCUCCUCUGCACUCUCUGGGAAGCUGGACAUUGUGAGGACGGAGCUGUCGCCCUGUGAGGAGUUCAAAGCCAUGGUGCUGGCAGGUUUACGGCCAGACAUAAUUUUGGACAUUAGUGCCCGCGCUCUGGCCUUCUGGAGCUAUCAGGUCAAUCAGGAGCGUAUGUACCAAGAGUACAGUCUCUCACGGGCUGAGGCACAGCUGAAGCAGAUGGAGAAGGUGUUGAACCAGCAGAACCAGUCCAGAGAACUGGAGCUCACUGCCAUGAGAGGGGAAAUGACUUCCCUGAAGAAAGUGAUGGAGGAGUAUAAGAGGAAGUACAGCGAGGUGUCUGAGAAACUGAUGGAGAGGAACAGGCAAUACCAGAAACUACAGGGGCUGUACGACUCUCUGAGGCUGCGCAACAUGGUGGUGGGUGUUGAGGAGAGAGAUGCAAUGCCACAACCAGCACAUACUGACUUCAACGCUGGAAUGGCUCGACAGGUGACUCCCCAGAGAAGCCCUCAGUUCCUGUUCCCGGGCCCUGAUGUGGACAGUCGCUUCUUCUCCUGCCUGGAGUCUGAUGGAGCGAAGGCCUUCUUCCACUUCAGCUCUCCUACCAGGGAGAAGGUCCGGCCUUUCAUGAAGAAGCACUGAGAGGUGCAGGUUUCCUUAUGACUUUAACUGAACUACCAUUGCAUUACCAUACCAAUUUUUCUUUAAUAUUAACUUAGUUGGAGGUGUUCAUGCCAGCUGCUUUAUUGUUAUUAGCUGCAAACUUGAGCAAUAAUAACAAAUGUCUGUGGACUAAAGUUGUAGUUCAGGUUUUGAUGCUGUCUUUAGGAUUUUGAUGUUGUAAGUUGAGUAAAAAUAAUUUGAAAUA